AUGGCCAAGAAUCUCCUUAUGACCCUCAUAAAUACUGUUUACUCUCCUGAAAGGGCUUUAUUGCCAGACAACACGAUCAUCGAGAAUUCUUCAGUCUCCAAUGCGACACUCGAGCACCUCGUUGACCAAUUUGAUCGGGAAGAACAAAAGAUUCUUUUCGGGCUAUAUACUCAGUUUAAUUCAACACUGGUCCCACGUUAUUUCCGGCCUGUUGUCGAGCUCGUUUUCGAUUUCGUGAAGGAUCAUGAUCGAGAGUUGUGGUUCGAGGGAUUACUCAGAUCACUGGAAGCAUUAACGCCACAUGCUCGCACGGAAGCUACUGUCCUCCUUAACAACCCCGAGGCGAGUUGGACUAAGGUAGAGGCUGCCAAAGAGGAGGAUCGAGCCUUGAGUGCUGAGGUCGAGGCCAUGAUACUACUGACCCCUCAAUUGUUGAGGAAAUGUGGUGAGUUAGUUCGAACUCAACCAAGAGAAAACAACCAAGAUACAAGUUUAUUCGACGCGACCAUGAAGGUCUUGAACCGUUCCCAGUUCAGUCUACAGACCAUGGACUGGAUUAGUUCGGUUGGUUACGAAUUCGCUCUCGCAUGCCAUAGAAACUACGACGCUUUAGACGGUCCGAUUGUGAAACAUUGGCUAAAGGACCCCGAGACUGGCAUAGAUUUGGACCUCUGUAUGAGGGCGCUAGAGGGAGGAGAUCUUUCAGGGAUGACCAAGUGGCGAUUGGCAUUGUUCGCAUCAGUGUGGUACCGGGCUCGUGUGAUGACCACAAAUUCUCUCAAUCCGAAGGCCAAAGUCUUUUUGGAUCUAUGUGAAGAAUAUUGCUACCCCUCUUCCCCGGAUGGAGGAAUACCUGGAAAUGCGACUUCUGGAUCUCUUUGA